CGAUCAUCGGCAUACAACGGGCAGUUUGGAGCUCCUUUUGAGUGGUUUCCAAAGCUCAAAGACUACAGAUUUAAGGCCUUACAGACAGCAGGAUUCCCAGUACUCGUCAUUAUGUCGAAGGGACCCAUCACAUGCCAUGUACUUGAUGUCUCUCUUGGAAGACCGGCAGAGGGGGUGGAGGUUAAUAUUCAGACCCACCAUAAAGGACAGACAAAUGUCGACAUCUUCAGUCCAUUUGCACAUGGCGUCACAGAUGCCGAUGGGCGAUGCUUGAACAUGUUGCCUCCACGAGGGUCCGAUGAGGCUAGGUUGCAGAAUAAACAAGUGGGUGCUGGGACUUACAAGAUCGUCUUCAAGCCGAAGGAGUAUUUUGAAAAGACAGGCAGGAAAUGUUUCUAUCCCUGGGUGGAGAUCACUUUCGAGAUCGAGAACCCAGAAGAACAUUAUCACAUCCCACUUUUGAUAAGCCCGUAUUCUUUCACCACUUACAGGGGAAGUUGAGUGCAUGUAGAAUGAAACGAUCGAGAAAAUCCGUGAUCCAGGCAGAUAUCGUUACCUUGUUAUAAUAAUGAUCCCCCGCAAUGACCAAAUAUCUCGACGAUCUUUGAAUACAAAAUAAUGCC